GCGAUAGGCUCUGAUGUAGAUGAGCUCCCCCCGCUCUACCUGAGUGGUACGGUCGGCAGACUCUCCCAGCCGGUGAAGCUGUCAGUGUGUCAGUGAGGCUCGUGCGGGGGACUUGGGAAGUUUCUCGUCUGCAGGGGGAUUAUUGGGGGCUCCUUCUCCGCUCACUGCGCCAAUGGAUGGGAUGCUGGCUGUGUGGGCGUGCGUGUUGGCUGCCAGGGCAGUUCUUGGAUUGGGAACAGAUCCUGAUUUACAGAUUGAUGUAAUAACGGAAUUAGAAUUGGUCAAUUCAACGAGAGGAGUGACACAAGUAUUCGGAGUGCACAAUGGAAGCAAAGCGUUUUUAUUCCAAGAUGGACAGCGAGAGAUCCAUGCGGCGCCGCACAUGAGCGAGAAAGUCAUUCAGUUAUUUAGGAAUAAAAGCGAGUUUACUUUCUUGGCCUCCAUCCAGCAACGGUCUUCUACGUCGGGGGUCAUCCUCUCAAUCCGCGAGAUGGAGCACAGUUUCUUCGAGCUGGAGAGCAGCGGAUUGCGGGAUGAAAUCAGAUAUCAUUACCGAUUCAAUGGAAAGUCAAGGACGGAGGCCUUUCCCUAUCGCCUCGCCGAUGGGCAGUGGCACAAAAUCGCCCUCACCAUCAGUGCGUCCCAAGUUCUGCUGCACAUAGACUGCAAUAGGAUUUAUGAGCGACUAAUAGACCCGCCAGACACCAGCCUCUCGCUGGGAAGCAGUCUGUGGCUUGGACAGCGCAACAGGAGACACGGAUUCUUUAAGGGAGUCAUUCAGGAUGUGAAAAUGAUCUUCAUACCCAAUGGCUAUAUCACUCAGUGCCCAAACUUAAAUCACACUUGCCCAACCUGCAGUGAUUUCCUGAGCCUGGUGCAAGGAAUUAUGGAUUUGCAGGAGCUGCUGGCGAAAAUGACAACAAAACUGAACUAUGCAGAAAGCAGACUUAGCCAACUAGAAAACUGCCAUUGCGAAAAGACUUGUCAAGUCCGGGAGGUGGUCUACAGGGAAAAGGACUCCUGGGUGGAAGAUGAUCACUGCAGGAAUUGCACGUGUAAGAAUGGAGCGGUGGAGUGUCGGCGGAUGUUGUGCCCCCUUCUUAACUGCUCCUCCGAUUCUCUCCCGGUGCAUGUCGCGGGGCAGUGCUGCAAAAUCUGCAGACCCAAAUGUAUUUAUGGAGGGAGAGAGUUGGCGGAAGGUGACCGGAUCCUCACAAAAAGCUGCAGAGAAUGUAAAAACGGAGCAUUACAGAAGUUAACGGAACCAUGCCCGCCUCUUAACUGCUCUGAAGCGGAUCAGGUUUUGCCGGAAAAUCAGUGCUGCAGCGUGUGCAGAGGACAUAACUUUUGUGCUGACGGACAUAGAUGUGGUGAGAACUCGGAAUGUAGGAACCGUAACACUAAAGCUACUUGUGAGUGUCUCAGUGGCUUUCAACCAAUCCAAGGGGAUCCGGCCUACUGUGAGGAUAUUGAUGAAUGUGCAGCCAAGAUGCAUUACUGUCACGCUAAUACCUUCUGUGUCAACUUACCGGGAUCUUAUCGUUGUGAUUGUGUGUCGGGAUACAUUCGAGUCGAUGAUUUCUCUUGUACAGAACACGAUGAAUGUGGUGGAGGAGAGAGCAGCUGCGAUGAGAAUGCCAUCUGCACAAAUUCAGUUCGAGGGCACAGUUGUACCUGUAAGCCGGGAUAUGUCGGAAAUGGGACAGUCUGCCGGGCUUUUUGUGCGGAGGGGUGCCGGUAUGGCGGAACUUGUGUAGCACCCAAUAAAUGCCUCUGCCCAUCUGGAUUCACUGGGAGCCUCUGCGAAAAAGAUAUUGAUGAGUGUGCAGAAGGGAUCAUUGAAUGUCACAACCAUUCUCGCUGUGUUAACCUCCCGGGCUGGUUCCACUGUGAGUGCCGGAGCGGUUUCCAUGACAAUGGGACAUACUCCAUUUCUGGGGAGUCCUGUAUUGACAUUGAUGAAUGCGCCUUAAGAACACACACUUGCUGGAACGACUCGGCUUGCGUCAAUCUAGAGGGCGGUUUUGACUGUCUUUGCCCUUCGGGACCCUCGUGCACAGGGGACUGCCCCCAUGAAGAAGGACUUAAGCGCAAUGGGCAGGUGUGGACUCUAAAAGAGGAUCGGUGCUCAGUAUGUUCGUGCAAGGAUGGGAAAAUAUUUUGCCGAAGGACGGCCUGCGACUGCCAAAAUCCCAGCGUCGAUCUGUUCUGUUGCCCAGAGUGUGACACUCGAGUCACCAGCCAAUGUCUGGAUCAGACCGGCCACAAGGUUUAUCAUAGCGGAGACAACUGGACUUACAGCUGCCAGCAGUGCCGAUGUCUGGAGGGAGAAGUUGAUUGUUGGCCCCUCGCCUGCCCAGUUCUGACCUGUGACUACACGACCAUCUCUGAAGGGGAGUGCUGCCCUCACUGUGUUGAUGACCCGUGUAUAGCAUACAGCGACCCCUACGACAUCAGCAAAACCUGUCAGGACCCGCAAGGAAUUACACGACUAGGGGGUUCAGUAUGGACGAUGGUUGGAUCACCGUGUACCACGUGUAAAUGCAAGAACGGAAGUGUUUGCUGCACAGUGGAUUUGGACUGUCUUCAUAAUAACUAACGUUCUAACCCAGUGGACUCUCUAAUGGAGAGAAAAUCUAAUACAGCCCCCCUUCAUCUAUAACAGAGUCUCCGUCUGCAGCUCUGUCUUCUACAACAGACAAUUACCAAAGUCUUUAGCAAGUGGAAGAUGCUUGGGAGUUUCUUGUGGCCCUUCGUCUAUGAUCACGUCUGCCGGCCUUGUUUGGACGCCACACAUACAAGGCUUAGUGCUCCCACUGAGCAACCGGGGGGUCUGCCAUGCAUUUCUAGCUCCUGCCAACGCCAGUCCUUUGCUCAUUCUCAGUGUUGUGAACCACAAACUUUUAUCCUCAUUACAUUGGCAAACAUUUUUAAUUACUUUAUUGUAAACCUUGAACUCCCCACCCCACCACCACAAUUUUUGUACGGCAUCAGAGUAGUCAAGAAUUAUUUUUCUUUCUUUUUCAAUUUGGAUUCUAGAAUCUACCCAAAAGUCCGAUCUCAUCCGCUGCCAUCUACUAAGGCCCCCCAUGUCUGAUGUAUUUAUGAAAAUAUGUAUGUAUGUACAGUCUAAUUGCAUAGUAAUUAUAUUUCAAAGCUAUGGAACAUUGUACAACUCAGCCCAACCUGUCUCUCUCUUGAGAAGAAACACUUCAUGAGCUGCUUCUUCAUCCCAAGUGAACUUUAUUGGACAAUUUACAGAAGUGACUAUCACAUGGUCUGUAUUGCUUUGCUUAAGGACUUGACUUCAUGGAUCAUGUUUGGAAAUGACAAAUUCUUCUUUUUUCCCACCACAAUAGAACAACUUUGAAGGACUUCCCUGGUGCACCUGUGGCUGAGACAUCAGUCCUUCACUAGGAGACCUCUGGUGAUGGAACAGAGAUGUGACGUGCUGUGCUGCAACCCAUCAUUAUUUAUCCAUUUAUUGAGGAAUAUUUUCACGGGUUUGUUAUUUUUUAAAAAAAAAAAAUCUAAAGAGUGGUGAAAAAAAAAUAAAAGUGAUGACUGUAAGGAGUACAGAAGGAGUUUUAGAACAGCAUUCACGCCCAAAUUAUUUUGAGUUAUUUACUUUUUAAUCGGUCACAAUAAAAGCCUUUUACCAUCA